AUGAACGCCGUUUCGCUUGCUCUCUUCCUUAUUCUCGCCAUUUCGAUGCUGGAGGUAAUCGGCAAGAAAACAUGUAUUUCUUUGUAAUUAUAAGGUUCAGGGCCUCACUCUUGUCAUCAAAAAGAACCGCAAGUAUAACGACCCGCCGUUCUGCUUCGCUUACACCAGAGAAUACAACGACCAGGGUAAAAUUGAAAUUGGACUGAGUCUAAUUCAUACAUAUUGUAGUAACUUUUGUUCAGAUGUGACUUCCUCGUGCUCCGGAUACCAAUUCGACUGCUUCGAUUCCAGCGGUCCCCAAAUUGGAGUCAGCUUUUUUUUCAGAAAGACUCCAGUAAAUGAUUUCAUUUCAGAGCAGUGUCAACUUCAAUACCGAGGAUUGCGAUUCGAUGUCGGUGUUCAGAACGUUUUCGGAUGCGGACUUCCAGAAACGUCUGGAGGUAGCCGCAAAAUACGCGACAACAGUUGUGGCAUCUGGCAACUGAACCUGAAGAGCCGCACAACAUUCCAUUGCAAAAACUUUUUUCUCCUUCUCUCAAAAUCCUUGAUACUUUUGUGUACCAUGUUAACGUUGUAUUGGUUUGUCCAGUGUUUUAGUUCAAUUCGAUUUUCCGUAUUGUGUUAUUCACUUUAUGUCAUCAGAUAAAUCAAAGACGGAGGAAGAGUUUGGUGUUUCUGUUUUUCGAUGUUUUCCCUCAUUUCUCUCGAGAGUGAAGACGCACGGUGUAAACUAGGAGCCUGAUGCUCAAUGCAUUCGUGUGGGCGCCCUUAUGAUCUCAUGCGGGCGUUGCCGACCCAGCUAGCUUGUUCUCCGCAAUUUACGUUGUUCCAUGUUUCAGAACCACGCGUGACUAUUGACUAAUAUUAUCAGACUUGAAUCGAAAUUCGGAAUUGUUAUUGCUGAUGUGGUUCUUUUUUCUUCUUUGUUAUGUCAGUUUUUAGUCGAUCUCCUUUCUCACACGCACAGUUCAAAACAUGUCUUCCUCUUUCUAUUGUUGUCAUCGAAGUUUAUACUUUUGACUAAUCUUUACUCUUUGCCCGAUCAACGGCUGAAAUAUCGACCGAGUUUCCUCUUUUCUUCUCCGCCAUCAAUCUUUUGUUAUAUUCCGCUUUCUUCCUCUCUCUCUUUCUUUCUCCGACUCGCUGAGAACCGACGGAACAGGGACGUGCAUAGCUUUUCGUAAUUUCAGAGCACAAAAUGAGUCGUGUUCCUCAAACACCAAUCAAGAAUACGUUCAAAAAGUGGAAGCCGCCUUGGGAGAGUGUUGAAGAGGAGGUAGAAGAGAUGGAAGUGGAUCCGGUCGAGGAAGAGUCACCAUCCAAGUUGGAAAAAAAACCGAGUCUGAAGAGGAAAGAUGCACCAACAAAACCAGCCGUAUCUCCGGGUGCACCUUCGCCAGCGCCAGUCAAGAAUCCAGUAAAAAAGUGGAGACCUCCGUGGGAAGACGACGACACACCGACGGAAAAGCCGAAAGCAGAACCGAUCAAAGUGAGUGAUCCACCUCCAAAGAAGACUGCCGCCAAGCCCAGAGAUACAUCUCCAAAGAAAGCAGUAGCGAAAAAAGAACCAGAAAAGGCGCUCAAGGCAGAAUCCUCAGUAGGACCAGUUCCACCAACUCCUGUUAAGAAUCCAGUGAAAAAGUGGAAGGCGCCGUGGGAAGACGAUGAGCUUCCUACAGAGGAAGUUGGGCAACCUGAACCAACGACCAGGAAAACGCCUGCUCUCAAGAAGAAAGAUCCAACUCCUGCUGAGAAGCCUGCAUCUCGCGACCCAUCUCCUAAGAAAGCAGUUCCAAUCAAGAAAGAACCCGAGACGGCAGCAAAACCGGCUGCAGCUAAACCGAGAGAUCUGUCGCCAAAGAAAACUGCUCCGAAAGUUGAAACAGAGGUACCAGCAGUGCCUCCGUCGCCAGUAAAGAAUCCAGUGAAGAAAUGGAAGCCGCCAUGGGAAGACGACGAAGUUCCGACGGAAAAUGUGAAGGCUCCGGCUGUUCCAGAGAAGAAGACUCCUGUGCUGAAGAAAAAAGAACCUGCAGCUGCAACAAAGCCUGCCAGCAGAGAUCCGUCUCCGAAGAAAGCGGUACCAGUCAAGAAAAAAGAAGAGCCUGUGAAGCCGGCAAGCAAAGAACCCGAGAUUCCAGCAGUGCCUCCGUCGCCAGUGAAGAAUCCAGUGAAGAAAUGGAAGCCGCCAUGGGAAGACGACGAAGUUCCGACGGAAAAUGUGAAGGCUCCGGCUGUUCCAGAGAAGAAGACUCCUGUGCUGAAGAAGAAAGAGCCUACUGCUGCAACGGAACCAGCUAAGCCGAAAGCUGCAGCAAAAUCAAGAGAUCCGUCUCCGAAAAAAGCGGUCAAGAAAAAAGAAGAGCCUGUGAAGCCGGCAAGCAAAGAACCCGAGAUUCCAGCAGUGCCUCCGUCGCCAGUGAAGAAUCCAGUGAAGAAAUGGAAGCCGCCAUGGGAAGACGACGAAGUUCCGACGGAAAAUGUGAAGGCUCCGGCUGUUCCAGAGAAGAAGACUCCUGUGCUGAAGAAGAAAGAGCCUACUGCUGCAACGGAACCAGCUAAGCCGAAAGCUGCAGCAAAAUCAAGAGAUCCGUCUCCGAAAAAAGCGGUCAAGAAAAAAGAAGAGCCUGUGAAGCCGGCAAGCAAAGAACCCGAGAUUCCAGCAGUGCCUCCGUCGCCAGUGAAGAAUCCAGUGAAGAAAUGGAAGCCGCCAUGGGAAGACGACGAAGUUCCGACGGAAGAUGUUAAGGCUCCGGCUGUUCCAGAGAAGAAGACUCCUGUGCUGAAGAAAAAAGAACCUGCAGCUGCAACAAAGCCUGCCAGCAGAGAUCCGUCUCCGAAGAAAGCGGUACCAGUCAAGAAAAAAGAAGAGCCUGUGAAGCCGGCAAGCAAAGAACCCGAGAUUCCAGCAGUGCCUCCGUCGCCAGUGAAGAACCCAGUGAAGAAAUGGAAGCCGCCAUGGGAAGACGACGAAGUUCCGACGGAAAAUGUGAAGGCUCCGGCUGCUCCAGAGAAGAAGACUCCUGUGCUGAAGAAGAAAGAGCCUGCUGCUGCAACGGAACCAGCUAAGCCGAAAGCUGCAACAAAAUCAAGAGAUCCAUCACCGAAAAAGUCGUUGGCCAAGCCGGAACCGGAAAAAGCGGCGCCACAAACACCUGUGAAGAAUCCGGUUAAGAAGUGGAGGCCGCCAUGGGAAGACGACGAAGUUCCGACGGAAAAUGUGAAGGCUCCGGCUGCUCCAGAGAAGAAGACUCCUGUGCUGAAGAAGAAAGAGCCUGCUGCUGCAACGGAACCAGCUAAGCCGAAAGCUGCAACAAAAUCAAGAGAUCCAUCACCGAAAAAGUCGUUGGCCAAGCCGGAACCGGAAAAAGCGGCGCCACAAACACCUGUGAAGAAUCCGGUUAAGAAGUGGAGGCCGCCAUGGGAAGACGACGAAUCGCCAGCUGAAAACGUGGGAGAACCGACGCCAGAGAAGAAAACUCCCUCGCUUGCAAAGAAAGAACCAGUUCCUGCAAAACCUGUCGCAACUCCGGCAAAGACAAGGGAUCCGUCUCCUAAGAAAGCAGUGGCAAAACCUGAACCAGAGAAGGAGAAGCCAGCAGUCCCGCCUACGCCUGUAAAAAAUCCAAUGAAGAAAUGGAAACCACCAUGGGAGGAUGAUGAGGAUCCUGUUGAAGAAGUCAAAGAACCACUCGUUCCGGAAAAAAAGACGCCUGUUCUUGCAAAGAAAGCACCUGCAGCCAAACAACCAAAACCGGAUGAAACUCCGAUAGCGACCAAGAAAAAACCGGAGACCGCAGCGAAACCUAGAGAUUCAUCGCCGAAGAAAACUGCUCCAAAAGCUGAACCUGAGAAGGCUGUGCCGUCACCGUCUGCUGUCAAGAAUCCGAUCAAGAAAUGGAAGCCGCCAUGGGAAAAUGAUGAGGAUCCUGUUGAAGAAGUGAAAGAACCACCAGUUCCGGAGAAAAAAACCCCUGUGCUUAACAAGAAGGAUCCGACUGCUAAGGAACCAGUGAAGCCACGGGAUCCUUCUCCGAAGAAAACACCAGCGAAGCCUGAACCAAAACCUGCCGAAGUGCCUCCAACGCCAGUGAAGAACCCAAUGAAGAAAUGGAAGCCACCAUGGGAAGACGACGAAGUUCCGACAGAAGAUGUGAAAGCUCCGGCUGCUCCAGAGAAAAAAACCCCAACUCUUGCUAAGAAGACUCCGAUGAAACCCACCGGAAAACCAUGCACUGAAGACGCUGCUGAACCGGUUCGUGGGCCUUCUUCCAAAGAUCCCAAACUUAGUAAGAAAGCACCUGCUGAAAAACAGAACGAACCAACAAAACCAGUUGUGCCGAAAGAGGUUCCAAAGGCAGCUGAACCAUCCAAACCGGCUGCACCAAAGAAAUGGAGGCCGCCAUGGGAAGAAGAUCCAGAUGAAGAACCUGAAGCCGACUUUACAGUUCCUGCUCCAGCGAAGGCACCUGCCAAACCGGAUACCGAUGAUGCCGCCGAUCCACUAGGCGUUCCAACCAAGCAGACUCCGGAAUUGGCAAAAAAACCACCUGGCGACAAAGCAAAACCUGCUACUCCAGCUCCUGACGGUCCAGCAGAACCAACAGGAGCACCGACGAGUAAGACUCCUCAACUUGCUAAGAAAUCGCCUUCAAAACCUGUCGAGAAACCAAAGGAAACACCGAAGCCGAAGGAAACUCCAAAACCAGCAGAACCUCCAAAACCUGUUGCACCGAAGAAAUGGAAACCGCCAUGGGAAGAAGAUCCAGAUGAGCCCGAAGAACCGGAAGCCGACUUCACGAUGCCGGCACCGAAGAAUCCAGAUACGGAGUCACCAGCAGACCCAUUGAGUGGUCCAAUAGGAAAGGAUCCAAAGUUGGCAACGAAGAAACCUGCUCCCAAAGCUGAGAAGCCUAAGCCUGCAACUGCUCCGAAAGAAGACAAGCCAAAAGCAGCACCUGCAAAGCCCGCGGAUCCACCAAAGCCAGCUGCUCCGAAGAAAUGGAGGCCACCAUGGGAAGAAGAUCCAGAUGAGCCCGAAGAGCCGGAAGCCGACUUCACGAUGCCGGCACCGAAGAAUCCAGAUACGGAGUCACCAGCAGACCCAUUGGGUGGUCCAAUAGGAAAGGAUCCAAAGUUGGCAACGAAGAAACCUGCUCCCAAAGCUGAGAAGCCUAAGCCUGCAACUGCUCCGAAAGAAGACAAGCCAAAAGCAGCACCUGCAAAGCCCGCGGAUCCACCAAAGCCAGCUGCUCCGAAGAAAUGGAGGCCACCAUGGGAAGAAGAUCCAGAUGAGCCCGAAGUGCCGGAAGCCGAUUUCACGAUGCCGGCACCGAAGAAUCCAGACACGGAGUCACCAGCAGACCCAUUGGGUGGUCCAAUAGGAAAGGAUCCAAAGUUGGCAACGAAAAAAACCUGCUCCCAAAGCUGAGAAGCCUAAGCCUGCAACUGCUCCGAAAGAAGACAAGCCAAAAAGCAGCACCUGCAAAGCCCGCGGAUCCACCAAAGCCAGCUGCUCCGAAGAAAUGGAGGCCACCAUGGGAAGAAGAUCCAGAUGAGCCCGAAGAGCCGGAAGCCGAUUUCACGAUGCCGGCACCGAAGAAUCCAGACACGGAGUCACCAGCAGACCCAUUGGGUGGUCCAAUAGGAAAGGAUCCAAAGUUGGCAACGAAGAAACCUGCUCCCAAAGCUGAGAAGCCUAAGCCUGCAACUGCUCCGAAAGAAGACAAGCCAAAAAGCAGCACCUGCAAAGCCCGCGGAUCCACCAAAGCCAGCUGCUCCGAAGAAAUGGAGGCCACCAUGGGAAGAAGAUCCAGAUGAGCCCGAAGUGCCGGAAGCCGAUUUCACGAUGCCGGCACCGAAGAAUCCAGACACGGAGUCACCAGCAGACCCAUUGGGUGGUCCAAUAGGAAAGGAUCCAAAGUUGGCAACGAAAAAACCUGCUCCCAAAGCUGAGAAGCCUAAGCCUGCAACUGCUCCGAAAGAAGACAAGCCAAAAGCAGCACCUGCAAAGCCCGCGGAUCCACCAAAGCCAGCUGCUCCGAAGAAAUGGAGGCCACCAUGGGAAGAAGAUCCAGAUGAGCCCGAAGAGCCGGAAGCCGAUUUCACGAUGCCGGCACCGAAGAAUCCAGACACGGAGUCACCAGCAGACCCAUUGGGUGGUCCAAUAGGAAAGGAUCCAAAGUUGGCAACGAAGAAACCUGCUCCCAAAGCUGAGAAGCCUAAGCCUGCAACUGCUCCGAAAGAAGACAAGCCAAAAGCAGCACCUGCAAAGCCCGCGGAUCCACCAAAGCCAGCUGCUCCGAAGAAAUGGAGGCCACCAUGGGAAGAAGAUCCAGAUGAGCCCGAAGAGCCGGAAGCCGAUUUCACGAUGCCGGCACCGAAGAAUCCAGACACGGAGUCACCAGCAGACCCAUUGGGUGGUCCAAUAGGAAAGGAUCCAAAGUUGGCAACGAAAAAACCUGCUCCCAAAGCUGAGAAGCCUAAGCCUGCAACUGCUCCGAAAGAAGACAAGCCAAAAGCAGCACCUGCAAAGCCCGCGGAUCCACCAAAGCCAGCUGCUCCGAAGAAAUGGAGGCCACCAUGGGAAGAAGAUCCAGAUGAGCCCGAAGAGCCGGAAGCCGAUUUCACGAUGCCGGCACCGAAGAAUCCAGAUACGGAGUCACCAGCAGACCCAUUGGGUGGUCCAAUAGGAAAGGAUCCAAAGUUGGCAACGAAGAAACCUGCUCCCAAAGCUGAAAAGCCUAAGCCUGCAACUGCUCCGAAAGAAGACAAGCCAAAAGCAGCACCUGCAAAGCCCGCGGAUCCACCAAAGCCAGCUGCUCCGAAGAAAUGGAGGCCACCAUGGGAAGAAGAUCCAGAUGAGCCCGAAGAGCCGGAAGCCGAUUUCACGAUGCCGGCACCGAAGAAUCCAGACACGGAGUCACCAGCAGACCCAUUGGGUGGUCCAAUAGGAAAGGAUCCAAAGUUGGCAACGAAGAAACCUGCUCCCAAAGCUGAAAAGCCUAAGCCUGCAACUGCUCCGAAAGAAGACAAGCCAAAAGCAGCACCUGCAAAGCCCGCGGAUCCACCAAAGCCAGCUGCUCCGAAGAAAUGGAGGCCACCAUGGGAAGAAGAUCCAGAUGAGCCCGAAGAGCCGGAAGCCGACUUCACGAUGCCGGCACCGAAGAAUCCAGACACGGAGUCACCAGCAGAUCCACUCGGAGGUCCAAAGCCAAAAACUCCAAAACUUGCGAAGAAGGCGCCGACUAAAAAACCAGCAAAUAAGCCGGAACCGAAAGAAUCUCCGGAAAGUAAGAAACCAAAACCAGAAGAUCCACCAAAGCCAGCUGCUCCGAAAAAAUGGAGGCCACCAUGGGAAGAAGAUCCAGAUGAGCCCGAAGAGCCGGAAGCCGACUUCACGAUGCCGGCACCGAAGAAUCCAGACACGGAGUCACCAGCAGAUCCACUCGGAGGUCCAAAGCCAAAAACUCCAAAACUUGCGAAGAAGGCGCCGACUAAAAAACCAGCAAAUAAGCCGGAACCGAAAGAAUCUCCGGAAAGUAAGAAACCAAAACCAGAAGAUCCACCAAAGCCAGCUGCUCCGAAAAAAUGGAGGCCACCAUGGGAAGAAGAUCCAGAUGAGCCCGAAGAGCCGGAAGCCGACUUCACGAUGCCGGCACCGAAGAAUCCAGACACGGAGUCACCAGCAGAUCCACUCGGAGGUCCAAAGCCAAAAACUCCAAAACUUGCGAAGAAGGCGCCGACUAAAAAACCAGCAAAUAAGCCGGAACCGAAAGAAUCUCCGGAAAGUAAGAAACCAAAACCAGAAGAUCCACCAAAGCCAGCUGCUCCGAAAAAAUGGAGGCCACCAUGGGAAGAAGAUCCAGAUGAGCCCGAAGAGCCGGAAGCCGACUUCACGAUGCCGGCACCGAAGAAUCCAGACACGGAGUCACCAGCAGAUCCACUCGGAGGUCCAAAGCCAAAAACUCCAAAACUUGCGAAGAAGGCGCCGACUAAAAAACCAGCAAAUAAGCCGGAACCGAAAGAAUCUCCGGAAAGUAAGAAACCAAAACCAGAAGAUCCACCAAAGCCAGCUGCUCCGAAAAAAUGGAGGCCACCAUGGGAAGAAGAUCCAGAUGAGCCCGAAGAGCCGGAAGCCGACUUCACGAUGCCGGCACCGAAGAAUCCAGACACGGAGUCACCAGCAGAUCCACUCGGAGGUCCAAAGCCAAAAACUCCAAAACUUGCGAAGAAGGCGCCGACUAAAAAACCAGCAAAUAAGCCGGAACCGAAAGAAUCUCCGGAAAGUAAGAAACCAAAACCAGAAGAUCCACCAAAGCCAGCUGCUCCGAAAAAAUGGAGGCCACCAUGGGAAGAAGAUCCAGAUGAGCCCGAAGAGCCGGAAGCCGACUUCACGAUGCCGGCACCGAAGAAUCCAGACACGGAGUCACCAGCAGAUCCACUCGGAGGUCCAAAGCCAAAAACUCCAAAACUUGCGAAGAAGGCGCCGACUAAAAAACCAGCAAAUAAGCCGGAACCGAAAGAAUCUCCGGAAAGUAAGAAACCAAAACCAGAAGAUCCACCAAAGCCAGCUGCUCCGAAAAAAUGGAGGCCACCAUGGGAAGAAGAUCCAGAUGAGCCAGAAGAACCGGAAGCAGAUUUCACCAUGCCAGCUCCUAAAAAACCAGACUCGGAAGACCCAGCAGAUCCACUCGGAGGUCCAAAGCCAAAAGACCCAAAACUGGCUAAGAAAGCUCCAGCAAAGAGGCCUGCUGAUAAACCAAAACCAGCUGAAGAACCAGAAAAGCCGAUAGCACCGAAGAAGUGGAAGCCUCCAUGGGAAGAAGAUCCAGACGACGAACCAGAAGCUGAUUUCACUGUUCCUCUUAAACCAGAAGAAGAUGAUGACGAUGAGCCGGAACCUGAAGACGAAGAGGAGGAAGAAGCACCCGAAAAUGAACCUAAACCAGAAAAGCCGAGAAAGAGGAAACCACGGAAACUGAAAAAACGACCGAAAAAGAAACCGGCAGCAGAACCAGAGAAAGAGUCAACGCCUGAACCAGUUGCUCCGAAAGUUCCCAAGUGGAUUCCUCCGAUAAAGAAGCCAGAAGAGCCAAUUCCAAUGCCGCCGAAGGAGAAAACAAUUGCCGAGAGGAAUAAGGAAGAGAGAAUACCUCCUGCUCUUCGAUAUGCGAAGAAACCAAGAGAACUGUGAGUUAUUACUUUUUUUUAAGUAUAUUGAACAUUUUUGUAAUUUCAGUGAAGUCUUCAUUCCAUUCGUUAUUCCUUGGGAGCAAACAGCUGCAUUAAUUACACAAGAAGGUACACACCGUUGUCAACAGACUACAAAUAAUAGUCGUAAUUCAGGAAUGGGAGCUUUCGGAAAGAGCAGGGAUGCAAACGUGGGCGUUGAUUUCGGAGUGAAGCCUCUAACACAGGUAUAUUUUAAAACAGCCUGAACUUUACAAGACCAGUCACUUUUCAGGGAGCUGUUGAUUCCAAAACUGUCAUUCCGUUAUGGAAUGACGAAUCAAAAUGUGCGAAUAGGAACGGAAUGUCACCUUUUGGAGGCAAAAGACUUAUCGUAGAGGACGUUGUUGACCAUCACGUUUUCAAUUUAAUGGAUGUAAGUGUUUUACAAAAAGCAUAAAAUCAAAAGUUGAUAUUUCAGAAAGGAAAAAGUCAUACCAUUAUUCCGUUGCUGGCAAAAGGUACCAUUCAUCAUCCGCAUGGAGAAUACGGUACCAUCCGGAAACAGGUGAAUUAGUCGAGUUUGAAGUUCAAACUUUGAACCUUAAUAAUAUUCAUCUACAGACAGCAGAUGUGAAGUACAAAGAUGGAUGGAAGCCGGGAAUGGACAGUGAGUCGCACGGCUUCAUCUCUCGUCAGUUUGUGGCCAACAGUAAAGAGAAAGCUGGAAGUAACCUUUUGGACAAACGAAGAACUAUUGUAAGUCCCCGUCCUGUUCAAAUCAUGAAAUGUUGAUGGAAACUGUUUGAGUCACACAAUUUUCUUGACGUCAUUCCUUGAAAAACAAUUUGUUAUCAGAAAAUAAUCAGACAUCAUAACAGUUUAAUGACUCAUGAACCCAACGAAAUUUCGGAAAAUGUAAGCGGGCAAGUGACAUAAUAAUAAGUCCAGAAAAAACAAACAUUAUCUUUUCAUAGGUCAUAAAACACGGAAACAUUUGUUUUUUUCAGAUUUCUGAUGCUCUUCCUCAGUCAAAGGAAUGCGAAGCGAUGAUUCCGUUGAUGUUUGACGGAAGAUCAGUGGAAACGAAAGAAGGAAGCGAAUUUGGAUCGUUCCGUCCGUUGGUGUCCAAUUCGAUCGGAGGAUACAUCAUGUCCUAUCAGGACGAACUCAAGUGCAAAAACAUAAUUCCUUACCAGGUAUGUUAUUCCUCAGUCCGUUCAUCAUCCUUCAACUGCUUUAUUUCAGACUGCUCCUUCGUUAGUCGCCUAA